ACUUUUGUAAAGAGUGCGACUUGUGUCUGAUAGCGAAUAAAAUACAUGCAUACAACAAAAUAGCGCGCGCGCGCGUAUCAUAACGCAUAACCGAGCCGACAUGCUCUGAAUACGUACAUUUGAAUUUCCUUCGCUUUUUUUUAUAUUGUCCACAGCCUGUCGCUGUGUUGUUAUCAUAAAUCUUCUCAACUGCAAACGGAAUAAAUUUAAUUGUAUUUUGAUUUAGUGUUGUGGCAUUCAUACGAUGACUUAUCAUGAAAUAUACUGUUUUGUGUUUGGUGUGUCGCCUUGUUCGGUACACACACGCAAUCACACAAUGCACACGAAUACAUUGAAGCAGAGAGAGAGAGAGAGAAAAGGGGACAUCGAAGACGACAUGGCACUGUGUGCUCUCUGUAUGGCACUCUUUGUGUAUUGAACUCCGUACUGUAUGAAUAUUUCUGAGAACUUUCUCAUUUAAAAGCGUAGAGCGAGGCUUAGAAUCGUUGGUGUGUGACGUAAAAAGGGACGGCAAUAAAGCCGAUUGACACAAAGAACCAUUGAAAUUUAUCGUUUCAAUGGCCAGUGUCACCAUUUCUUUUCGAAAAUUUGUAGCAUACAGUCUGUGUUUUGUGUUCAUCGCAAUCGUUGUUCCUGGUUUGUUUGUUUUUUUUUCGUGUCGAUAUUUCAAACUUCAUCUCUUCGGUUUGUCUGUCGAUAUAUAUAUAUAUAUAUCGGUGCAGUCGACAGUUUAUGUGUGUCUGUGUGUUUUGGUCUCAAUAACAAUUUUCAACAAGCUAUUUUAAGUAAUAUAAUAUAUUAUUUAAACGUCUCGGUUUUGACAAUGGGGUCGUUCGGCUCAGACACUAUCAUCAUAGUAAUUUGUGCAUUGAUGUGUUCAUCGUCAUCGACGACGGCGACAAUGGCAACGAAUUUAAAUUUGCAUAUGAAUUUAACAGAUGAUUUACCGGCCGCUCAAUCAUUCGUUGAUAGUUUGAUAAGCGAUUAUUUCAAGACCGAACGUGUAUUGUGGCAACGCAUCGAACAUCGUGCUGAUAACAUUCUGUUGCAAGUGUUCAAAAGUCAUGAAACAUUCUUCGAUAAAGCGAUGGAUCACAGUGGGAGUGGUGUAUUGGCACGCGAUCUAAUUCCAAACAUUGAAACUCUCAUCAAUAUCGGGGCAAACGUAAACAGCACCACCGAAUUGGGACAAUCACAUUUGAAAGAGCAAACAUUGGAUCGUCAAAGUAUCACCGAAUACUCCAGUUUUGCGCUGAAAAUUCUUAAAGAUGCCAGCAAUUUAUUCGAUUAUGCAACGAAUGACACAUUAUGGGAAAAUAUUAUCACGCAUCUGUCAAACUGUCACAACAACGGCGACACAGUGCAAUCAUCACAUCAAAUAAUCUACGAUUUGUACCGAGACAUCCAGUCGGGUUUCUUGAAGAGCUAUAUUACAGCACAAAUGUCUUAUAUGAUUUUGGGCUAUUAUAACAGCGGCGAAAAUUACAGUGAACAAGUGGAAAUUUUGCGGACUACAUUUCAACAGAGGUUCAGCGAUUUGCGCCAAAUUGCCAUAAGAUUCCUGAAGAAAUCCGACAAAACUGUGUGGAAAUGUGACACAAUUGUUAAUAAUGUUUUCAGCUCGUACACAGAGAUAUCGAAUUUCCUCCAAGGGUUUGUCGACAACGAGGCUAAUUUAAAUUCGGCCGCCAGCUGUGCAGGCGUAUGCUCUGACUAUCGGAAAACGUCUCAUUUUCAAUGCCAGUCAGGUUCACUGUGCGACUCACAUUUUAACGACCACGAGCAGGCUAAAUGCACCGGCAUCAUUAGAGAUUGUCAGGAUAUUGAUGACUCGGAUGUGAAUAUUUGCGAAACGGGUGAACCUAAUCGAAGAUACAACUAUAUCAAGUACAGUGAUGGUCGAACGGCGGGUAAUUCGAAAGCUGUAUGCCAUGGUCGAUUAAGAGCCGAGUCAUGGAUCCGCUGGUUUGUUCAAUGUAGCAAUUGCAUUUGUUUGUGCGACGAUAUUAAGAGCAAAAGGACAGAACGAUACUUCAGUUUGCGUGAAGUGGUUUCAAACAUUGUGGAUAACAAAAUCAUUACAGGUGUUAUGUUAACGAAACAGAACGGAAUCAUUCAUCUGGCGAUUGCCGAACGAACCUUGUUGCCACACGGCCAGGCGGAAACUACUUCGGAGCACAGUUUUUAUGAGCCAUGGAAAUCGUCGUACGAGUUUUUCAACAUUGACGAUUUGAACAUUGAGGAGAAUGUGGAUUUCGUUACGUUGACAUAUGAAAAUCGUUCGAUAAACCUGGAUAUGGUGUCGGUGCCAAAAGGUUGGCUAGUGACUGGUGUUCGGUUUCGUGUAACUAAUGCUGGCCACAUCACGCUGGACGUUCGAGCAACGCAGUUUGAUUUUAUUACGGGAAAAUUGAAAGAUCUGACCAGCAGUAUGUGGGUGUCGAACCCUCAAUGUGGCCAAACAGAAAUCGUACUGAACCGACCAUCAAAUCCGUUGAAUCAUUUGACCAAUUUAUCACAGAUAAACAACACACCAAACGCAUUUAUAAAAUUCGGCCCAACUGAUUACUGGAACGAUGUAAUGCAAUUGACGGUACCAUUCAUUGAUACGCAACGCGUUGAACCGUACAAUCCGAUAGCAUUAUCAGGCAUCGGUCUAUACCACAAAACUAUAGCCGGAUCAGGUGGUUUUAUUGGACCAAAGUUGAUUGUUUAUGAUUUUGAGUCAUACAUUUUAGACAAAUAACAAGUGAUGUAAUUAGAUAGACUUCUCCUUUUUUUAGCCAUUUGUUUUGCUCUUUCUUCUGUUUCAUAAACUAGCCCAUAAAAAACGAUUUAUUCUCUUAGUAACGAAAAUAUUUUGAUUAGAAAAAAAAAAUGUAAAAAGAGUAAAUGGAAACUUUCCCUUUGAAAUCAAA